CAGGAGCCGGCAAGCUCUGCGCGUCGGGGGUCGCGGGGGACCCAGCGGGGCUCCGGGCGGGGCUGAGCCGCCGCCCGGGGUGCGCGCAGCCGGCCGAGCUGCGCGGGAGAGACAGAGAGCAAGCAGGGGAGGGAUCAGAGAGAGAGGGAGACACAGAAUCAGAAGCAGGCUCCAGGCUCUGAGCUGUCAGCACAGAGCCCCACAUAGGGCUUGAACCCACAAAGGGCAAGACCGUGACCUGAGCUGAAGUUGGAUGCUUAACCAACUGAGCCACCCAGGCAAAUGAAGAUAAAACAAUGUCCGCCAACCUAAAAUACCUUUCCUUGGGAAUUUUGGUCUUUCAGACUACCAGUUUGGUUCUAACGAUGCGUUAUUCUAGGACUUUAAAAGAAGAGGGACCUCGUUAUCUAUCUUCUACAGCAGUGGUUGUUGCUGAACUUUUGAAAAUAAUGGCCUGCAUUUUAUUAGUCUACAAAGAUAGCAAAUGUAGUCUAAGAGCACUGAAUCGAAUACUGCAUGAUGAAAUACUUAAUAAACCUAUGGAAACUCUGAAACUUGCUAUUCCAUCAGGGAUAUAUACUCUUCAGAAUAAUUUACUUUAUGUGGCACUAUCAAAUCUGGAUGCAGCUACUUAUCAGGUCACAUAUCAGUUGAAAAUUCUUACAACAGCAUUAUUUUCUGUGUCUAUGCUUAGUAAAAAAUUAGGUGUGUACCAGUGGCUCUCCCUAGUAAUUUUGAUGACAGGAGUUGCUUUUGUACAGUGGCCCUCAGAUUCUCAGGAGCUUGAUUCUAAGGAACUUUCAGCUGGCUCUCAAUUUGUAGGCCUCAUGGCAGUUCUCACAGCAUGUUUUUCAAGUGGCUUUGCUGGGGUUUACUUUGAGAAAAUCUUGAAAGAAACUAAACAAUCAGUUUGGAUAAGAAACAUUCAACUUGGUUUCUUUGGGAGUAUAUUUGGACUAAUGGGUGUCUACAUUUAUGAUGGAGAAUUGGUAUCAAAGAAUGGAUUUUUUCAGGGAUAUAACCGACUGACUUGGAUAGUUGUUAUUCUUCAGGCACUUGGAGGCCUUGUAAUAGCUGCUGUUAUUAAAUAUGCAGAUAAUAUUUUAAAAGGAUUUGCAACCUCUUUAUCCAUAAUAUUAUCAACACUGAUAUCCUAUUUUUGGCUGCAAGAUUUUGUGCCAACCAGUGUCUUUUUCCUUGGAGCCAUCCUUGUAAUAACAGCUACUUUCCUAUAUGGUUAUGAUCCCAAACCUACAGGCAAUCCUACUAAAGCAUAGUAUAUACUAUCUUUAACUGGUUUUUCACAAUGGUGCACUAGGAAUCUCAACAUUAAUCUUGCAUAGAGGACUUCUACAGAUUCUAAGAAGAUAUCAUCAUGCUGAAUCUCAUCAUAUUCAAAUGGUUUGAAAAUAUAAACAUUUAAGACUAAAAUAUGUGUAUAUGUUAACAAAAUACCUAUUACAUCUAGAAAUCAAAGCUUGAAAGUACUUCCAGGGAUUAGAAUAAUUAUUGGAAAAAUAAUUAUUGGAAAAAACUUGAAAUCUGAGUUUAAAAAGAUUUUACCUUUUGAUUGCUGCAGAAAUGUCCUAUGCACUCUUUGCAAGAGCACACAACAAAUGUCCGAUACCAAUUUUUGCAAAUUAGAUCUAUUUAAUCUUAUUAAAUGUUUUUUAUCUUUUUCUGUACAGAUAUAUCAAAUCACAUGGAAUAUUCAAAGUUUGAAAAUUAUAAUUAUAAUUGCCUAUAAAGCUGUGAAGAAAUAGAAGUAUGAUUUGAAAAACAUUUUCAUGUAUCUGAGAUUUUUAUAUUUAUACGAAAGAUUACUAAAGAAAGGAUUGCUAAAUGUUAUUUGUUCAACUACAUAAAAUUUGAUAAAGUUACGUUCUGGGUCUAAUUUGUCAGAGAAUAAAAUUCAUAUUUAAAUUUAAUGUAGAGAAGUACACACAUCUAUUUCUCCAUCUACGUUUUAAGAUCUUUUUAGUGCUUUGAAACUGCUGAAAGCAAUCCAGUUGCUCCUGUGCUAGAGAGUAGCCAGAGACUUUUGCACUAAUGGAGUUUUGUCCUUAAUCUCUUAACUAUAUUUCUUUUCUGUAAAUCAGAUAAAUCCUUAAUAUUACUUUAAAUUAAAUUUCUGUAUGUGGUAAUUUCCAUUGAAGUUUCAAAAUGUAAUUUAAAGGAAAUAAAUACUUGUUUAAUAAUUUAAAAUAAUUCUUGUCUAACAUCUCCACUUGGAGAAUUUUGAACUAUCAAAGCAUAUACUGUAUACAUCUAGAAUGUUUUUAAAUGAAUAUUUUACUCGUUGAUCUGUAAAAACUUCCUUUAAUUAAAAACAACAACCAAAAUAAUUGUAGUAUACAUGUCAACGAAUUGAGACCAAAAUGACCUUUCUUAGAGACAUUCCAGAUUGCCAUAUUUCAUUAUUUUAAAUGGCACCAUAGCUAUAACUCAAGGCUGCUCAGAAGAACUUUUUAGGCCUCUCAUAAACCCACCAUCCCCAGAAAUAGUGUGGUCACAUGUCUAGGAGAGGUAGCCAAUUCUGAGUCCCUUUCUGUGGCCCUAAAAAGCUGCUGGGAAGGAACCACUACUUUGCUUUUAAGAUAGUGGUUUCUUUUCCAUUUUGAUUAGCACUGGAGUUGAGGUUGUAAAUUACAUGUGUUAUUUAAUAAGUUGGUUCAAUGGAGAGAAAAUAUAGCAAAAAUGAUAAGGUGAAUUGGUGGGCAAGAAUACUUUCUAAAAUUGGAAUAUAGGUUUAACUUAAUUAUUGACUAUAUAGACAGAAUUAACCUAUUGUGUAUAAGAAGUAUUUUACUUUAUUUUUUCAUUCAUGCUUCAUAUAUUUUUAAAAGUCUCCCAUUCUAAUAGUUAAAAACUGUAGAAAAGUAAAUAUUUUUAUAUAGUUAUAAUGGAUUUUGUUAAAUAGAAUUUGGCUCAAAAAUACCGUGUCACAAACUGUUGGAUACUUUUGGCUAAUUAGGACUGGCUAUAUUACUUUGCUUAUGCAUACCUAGUCUCUACAGGACACAGGCCUAAUCUAUUCCAUUCAAAGCUUAAAAGUGUUUAAAAGUACAAAAUACUUUUAAAUCAGUUUCCUGGUAAUUCCAAACUGACACUAACCAAACUUUCUGGAAGCCUGACUUAUGAUUUUCAGUGACCACCUUUGAGAGCAUUUGUUUAAUAACUUUACCACAUUUUGAGCAUGGUGUUUUUAACACCAUUCUGAUGUACAUCUUAGUAUCUACUGCCAAGUGAAAUCUAAAUCCUGCAAAUGCACAGAAUUCAAGAGUAAAUAUAAAGAUUUAUGUUCGGCCCACAUUGAAGUACUAGUUGGGUACUUACAUAUUAAUUCAGUGUACAUUUACAAUUAAUUGUUAAUUCAGGUUUAGUCUGUCCCUUCAAAAAAUGAUACAAGCAAAUAUUGGAAAUCAAUAGGUUAGUUACCAUUGUAAUAUAUUUUCAGGUGUCCAAAAUAACAGUUUUCAAGAUUCUCAAUAAAGCUUAUAAAAAUAUAAUCAAAAGUUGUGACAAAGGACAAAAUAGUCUAAAGCAUAUUUUCAAACGAAACAUUUAUUAGACAAGCUUAGUUAAUAUUUUGCUUAUAGGUUUGAAGAUGUUAUUAGAGAUUGGGUUGUGUAGCUUAUAAUUUUUAAUUCAUAAAGAAAGAAUCAUAUUUGAGAAGAUGGGCCUGUAGGCUAUAUCAUGUCAUAUAUACAGAUAAUGCCAUUUUCCUCUGUGUGUGGUGUGUGUUUUGAUGACCUCCAAAAGCCUUAUUGUAUCAAUCUUUUAUAAUGAUGACUCCUUUAUUAUUUAAAUUCUUACUUUUUGAAGUUUACUUGUUAUCUUAACUACUUUGUUCAUUAUAAAAAUGUGCUAACUCAUGGGAGAAGAGUGCCAGUUGAUGGUUCUAUUAAAAAUUAAGAAUAUGGUAUUUGGGAAGAAAAGUUUGAAAUUCAACAUGUAGAUGUUUCAACACAGUAGUAUCACCAGUUCUUUAAUAAGUAUUUUUAGAGAAGUUGUAGGCUACUUUUAUGGUGGAAACUGUAGUUUAGAGGUGCAAAACUUAAAUGUUUACAUAAAUUUAUAUUGAAUGUCACAAUUUCGUAGAAGGAAAAGUAGUUUGAUAUUUAAGCUAGAUUCUAAGGAGACAGAGUUUGAAAAGAAACUAAUUGACUUUGUACCCAGUAGACUUAAUGUAAUAUUGAUUAUUCUUAAGAAUUGAUACACUUUUCCUACAUAUCAAAUUAUUGGACUUUUAAAAUGUCAUUGUAUAGUCAUUCAACUGAGUUUUGUUUUGUUUUUAAAAAUAGGGUUUAGCAUCUCUUGUUUUACUUACACUUUCAUUGUUAUAAUAUUUAAUUACACAUGGAUGUAUGCUUUACGUAAGAAAAGGUUUAUAAAAGUUAUUUAUGCUAUAUUGAAAGUCAUCUUAAGAAUCGCCCAGAUAUGUAGCAUAUUUAAAGAAAUUACAGGACCAAAGAAAAAGCACCUUUAUCAAAAUCUGGUCCUAUGUGCCUUGCUUUACCAAAUACCUGACUUUUCUGGAGGAUAUUACUGUAAUUCACAACUUUGGACACAUGGGAAAAUUAACAUUUUAAGAAUAACUAUAAUUCAAUUUUUUGGAUGUUUCAACAUUUGUUCUUUAAAUCCAUUAUCUAACAGAAUAUUAAAAUAGGUAUAUUAUAUAAGCAUUAGUAAACAGUACUUAUUUAAAUAAAUUAUGCACCGUUGCUUCAUCAUUGAGCUUUUGAAACUUUAACAAAUGUAUAUAGAUGUCAUUUUGUUAUUUUAUUUCUUAUUAUGAGAUAUAAUUUACUGUGAUUUUUAAAAUAUUUUUUAAUGAUUUGAAUUCUGAUUUUGUUUAUAUGUCUGUGUAUUUCAUUUGUUUAGAAAGAUUCCUUUGAGUAUGGAAAUGUGAUUUGUAUAUUUAAAUUUUUUAUGGACAUAAUUAGAGGAAUGUAUAAAUUGGUCUUUUGUUAAAUGGCUUUUUAAUUGAUAAAUUUUUCUUUGUCAUUUUUUGGUAUGCAGCCAUUAUCUAUCUAGUAGAUUUAUGAAAAAGAUUAUUUUCAUAAUUAACUCUAUACAAAUUUCUUCCUAUAAUUCUUGUUUCCCUUUUCACCUGUGUUUGACUUAACCAUGAAUUAGAUUCCUUUCUAUAUAUCAGAAAUGACUUCCUGAUCUUUUCCAUCAUCUCUUGUUACCUUUAUCAUGUGUGAUCUUUCUUUUUUUCUAGUCUGUGCUCUAGCAUGAAAGACUGGGUUUUAUUUAAACUAGUUAGAACUUCUCUACCUGUGUGAUAAUAACCUAAUUUUUUGUUGUUUUAAAUAAAUUAUCUGUUUGCCAGCCUCAA